AUGGUAGGUGGUCAGAUUCGGUAUUCUAUACCUGAGGAGAUGAAGAAAGGCUCUGUUAUCGGUAAUGUGGCGCAGGAUCUUGGCUUGGAUCUGAAAAAGCUCCGCUCAGGGCGGGCCCCCCUACGGGGCCACCGUACGGCCCGUAUCGUGACCGGAGAAAACGUUCACUACACCGAGCUGCAGAAAGACAAAGGGAUUCUGGUCGUGAAUGAGAGAAUAGACCGAGAGCAGCUUUGUGGGGACGUAACGCCGUGUAGUUUCAGCUUUGAACUGAUAUUAGAAAAUCCUAUGGAACUACACCCUGUGAAAUUAAUAGUUCAGGACCAGAACGACAACCCCCCUCAGGUUCUGUACCCAGUCCAGACUGGUGGCUCUCUGGUGGCUGAAAUGGUGCCUCGUUCAGCAGAAGUGGGCUAUCUGGUGACUAAAGUGGUGGCUGUUGAUGUGGACUCUGGACAGAAUGCCUGGCUCUCCUAUAAACUGCAGAAAGCCACAGACAGGGCGCUGUUUGAAGUGGGCUUACAGAAUGGAGAAAUCAGAACUAUCCGCCAAGUCACUGAUAAAGAUGCUGUCAAACAAAGACUGACUGUUAUAGUGGAGGACAACGGACAUCCCGCUCGUUCAGCUACAGUCAUUGUUAACGUGGCAGUGGCGGACAGUUUCCCUGAAGUGCUGUCGGAGUUCACUGAGUUGACGCACGACAAGGAGUACAAUGACAACUUGACUUUUUACUUAGUCUUGGCUCUGGCUGUAGUUUCCUUCCUCUUCAUCACGUGUUUAGUGGUUAUUAUAUCAGUCAGAAUCUACAGGUGGAGACAGUCUCGCAUCCUGUAUCACUCUAACCUCCCUGUCAUUCCAUAUUAUCCACCGCGUUACUCAGACACUUUGGGGACAGGGACUCUGCCACAUGUGUACAAUUACGAGGUGUGCAGGACGACUGACUCCAGAAAGAGUGACGUGAAAUAUACGCAACCGAUGAGUCACAGUUUAGUGAGUGUGGAUGGAGCUGGAGACGUUGUACCGCAAGUGGAUAAGCAACGGUCCGGCAACAUUUCCCAAAUGUCUACUUUGGUGAGUGAUACUUCAAUCUAG